AUGGUCAUCGAUUCCUAUGGCUGCACUGAGACGGGGCGUUUGGCCAGCAACGGCGCCUGCGCCAAGGAGCUGCGGCUGCGUGACUUGCCAGAGAUGGGCUAUUUAACCUCCGACGUGCCGCCCCGGGGGGAGAUCCUCGCACGGGUCGAGCCGGACGCCGCAGGUUACUUCUCGCUGGUGCGCUGGACACCGGAUGGGACCUUGGCCAAAGAGCCCGGCUCCUCGGAUUGGAUCGAUCUGGAUGGGGUGCGCUACUUCUGCACGGGCGACGUGGGCGAGCAGCUGGCGCCGGGACAGAUUCGGGUCAUCGAUCGCUGCAAGAAUCACUUCAAGCUCGCACAAGGCAUCUAUGUGGCGCCGGAGCCGGUCGAGGCGGUGCUGCGGCAGAGCCCCUGGGUGUCGGAGCUGUUCGUUUGGGGCAACGGCUCGAUGCGCUCCUGCGCGGCGGUGGUGGUGCCCAAAGCGCAGAUAGAUGAAGGCACACUGCUCAAGGACUUGGCUGAACUGGGUGCCAAGCAGGGCUUGAAGCCAUGGGAGAUCCCAGGAGAGAUCCUCCUGGAGCCGAUUCCUUUUGCUCAGCAGCCUGAUCUGUGGACAGCCUCUGGAAAGCUGAGCCGCGUGCAGCUGCGGCGGCGCUAUGCCGGACGCGAGGAGGUGGUGGAAGGGGGCCACGAGGUGGCCAGAGCGAAGGAAGGAGCCCCGCUGGUGUGUGCAGGCCUGCGCUCGCUCUUGGCCGAGCUCCGGCCGAACCGCGCUUGGGCGCCGAGCGAGCUGAUUGGCUCGCUGGGCUUGGACUCCUUAGGCGUUGCGCGCUUGUGUGCCAGCAUCUUUCGACACUUCAAGGUGGACCUGUCUCCACAGGCGCUCUUCUCCAUCGAGACACUGGGGGACUUGGAGCGCGUGGUGCUGGCGCCCGCAGCGCUCCGCGAGGUCUGCGCGCGCCGCAGCGGGGGCCGCGGCGUGGGGCGCUGGGCCGCGGACGUGCGAGAGGCCCUGGAGGCCCUGCGCGAGGAGAGGGCGUACGAGACGCAGGAGACACGGUGCGGGAGGCCCACGGCCACGUCCUCGCGCCGUCCCCGCGCCGUGCUGGUGACGGGCGCCACGGGCUUCCUCGGAGCCUUCGUGGCCUUCGAGCUGUGCCGGCGCCACGGCAGAACGGUGCUGUGCCUCGUGCGGGGUGGCGAUGAAGAAGAACGACUGCUGCAGUGCCUGAAGUUCUACCGCUUGUGGCACCGCCCCUCGCUGCCCCCGAACCUGCGCGUGCUGCCCUCGCGCGGCGUCGAAGACCCACGGCUGGGCCUCGGUCACGGGGCGCUGCACGAGGCGCUGCGCGGCUCUCGCCUGGAGGCGAUCGUGCACUGUGCCGCGUGGGUCUCGGGUGUGCAUCCCUAUGAGGCCUUGAUGGCCGCCAAUGUGAGAGGAACUCAGCAUGCGAUCUCCUUGGCACUGCAGAUGGAUGCCAAGCUGCUGCACGUCUCCACCCUGGGCUUUCUUCCUGAAAGCCACCCGGAGGAACCGCUGCGCCCCGCAGACGAAUCCUCCACGGGCGACGCUGUGGAGCUGCUGGGUCGCUCGGGCUAUGCUCAGUCGAAGUGGGUGGCGGAGCAGCUGGUCUGGGAGGCCACGCGCAUGUGGCCGAAGCUGCAAGCCAAGGUGGUGAGGCCUGGGACGGUCUGUGGCCAUCCAGAGACGGGCGCCAGCAAUCCCAAGGAUGCCUUGAGUCUCCUAAUUCUGGGCUUGCUGCAGCUGGGUGAAGUGGCUCUUGCUGCUGAGAGCCCCCUACCUCCUGGCUUCAAUCUGGUCCCCAUCCAUCAUGUCGCCUCAGCGAUGGCUGAGCUGCUGGAUCGUUGGCCCGAUGAGUGCGCCGUGCUGCACCUUUGCGCGGCACCCGAAGCGGUCCUGGCGAUGCCACGGGUCGUGGAAUGGCUCCGUGCCGCGGGGCAUCCGCUGCGCGAGGUGUCCGUGGAGGCCUUCUGCGCUCGCGUGCAGCAGGUCGAUGAGCGCCAUCCACUCUUCAAGUUCCGUGCCUCCUUGAGCCGACCCGCGGUGCGCUCCAAGUCCUCGUCCUCGUCCCUCUCGGCGCACACGCGUGGCCAAGUGGAUCGCUGCGGGACGUUGCCGAGCGCGCAGCUCAAUGAGGCCGAAGUGGUGCCCGUGAUGCGCGAAGCAGCGCUGGGGUUGGCCUUUCUUCACAGCCUGGGCAUCGUUCACUACGACUUGAAGCCAGAGAACAUCCUCUUCAACGAGGGCCAUGUUCGGCUCUGUGACUUCGGCUCAGCCAGUGAGCGGCAGUGGCCCGACUUCGGCCCCGACGCCUCCCGGCGCGCGGCGCGCGAGGUGGAGCUCUUCUUCUCCAACCGUACGACUCCCAUGUUUCGGCCCCCGGAGCUGGCGGACCCGGACCUCGUUCGGCUGCCCGUGACCGCCGCAGCGGAUCUCUUCAUGUUGGGGCUCUGCCUCUACCAGAUGCUCUUCGCGGUGCACGCCUUCCCUCUGGAGGGCCGACUGGCCAACAUCCACGUGAGGUACGUGCUGCCGGAGGGGGCGGAGACGUGCUACUCCCCGGCCCUGCUGAGCACGCUGGCGGCGCUGCUGAGCCGGGACCCCCUUCAGAGGCCCCGUGGUGAGGAGCUCUCGGUGACGGGCCUCUUGCGCUGA